AUGCAAAAUAUAACAGGAUCUGGAGUGAUGGUCUUUAUCAAACACAAAGAAGAUACCUUAGUGUUAUUAUUGCAGAACAUUAGAAAGAGAUAAUUGGUUUUGAUGGAACCUGGAGGGAAUCAAGAAGUAGGUCUUUCGUCAAUGAGUAAUGCAUUGAAGGAAUUGUAUGAAGAAACAUUCGCAGGAUUAUCAAAGUCAGAUUUAGAUGAAGAACAUAAAGUACUUGUGAAUUACUAAUACUUGUGCUAUGCUGUCUACAUUAAAAUAGAUGAUUUAAAUUUUUUUUAAGAAGUUAUGGGAAUGAACUAGAAAAUAUUGUAAAUGGCAAAUAGUCGAUCAUUGCAUUCAUUUAAUGAGUGCAAAGGAUUUAAUAUAGCCAAUUUAAAAGACUUGAUGAACGUGGAUUUUCAGUAUUAUGAAAAAGACAAUAAUAAAAUACCGCUUCAUAUUCGAACCCAAGCAUCAUUGAAGGAAUUUCAAGCUAAAAAAAUAAUUCAAAAGGAUUUAUCAAUAUAAUUGCCGUUGUUUUAAUGUUCCUUAGAUAAAAUUAGAAUAAAGAAUCCAAAAUCCCCUUUACACGUGCUCAAUAAUUAAUAUACAUAUGUUAUACAUUGA